CCCCGCGCCUCGCUGCUCCGCGCCCUGUUUAAGAUGGAGCCGGCGGCAGCCGCCUCCGAAGUGCUGGGGGGAGCCUCGGAGUUCGUGAAAGAUCGGUUGUACUUUGCUACUCUACGAAACAAACCGAAGAGUACCGUAAAUACCCACUACUUCUGCACCGAUGAGGAACUGGUCUAUGAAAAUUUCUAUGGAGAUUUUGGACCUUUAAAUUUGGCAAUGUUAUACAGAUACUGCUGUAAACUAAAUAAGAAAUUAAAGUAUUUCAGUCUAUCAAGAAAGAGGAUAGUGUACUAUACCAGUUUUGACCAGCGGAAACGAGCAAAUGCGGCGUUUUUAAUAGGUGCAUAUGCUGUAAUAUACUUGAAGAAAACACCAGAAGAAGCUUACAGAACGCUUUUGUCUGGAUCUAAUCCACCGUAUCUUCCAUUUAGGGACGCUUCAUUUGGGAACUGCACGUACAAUCUUACGAUCUUGGACUGUUUACAGGGAAUAAAUAAGGCCUUGCAGCAUGGAUUUUUUGACUUUAAGACAUUUGAUGUGGAUGAAUAUGAACACUAUGAGCGAGUGGAAAAUGGUGACUUCAACUGGAUUGUUCCAGGAAAAUUUUUGGCAUUUAGUGGACCACAUCCAAAAAGCAAACUUGAAAAUGGUUAUCCUCUUCAUGCACCUGAAGCCUACUUUCCUUAUUUCAAGAAACAUAAUGUCACAUCAGUCAUAAGACAAAACAAAAAAAUUUAUGAGGCAAAACGCUUUACCGAUGCUGGUUUUGAGCAUUAUGACCUGUUCUUCAUAGAUGGAAGCACACCAAGUGACAGUAUAGUUCAGAGGUUCCUGAACAUCUGUGAAAAUGCUGACGGUGCUAUUGCUGUACAUUGUAAAGCUGGCCUGGGGAGAACAGGAACACUGAUUGCCUGUUACAUAAUGAAACACCACAAGUUCACACAUGCUGAAGCCAUUGCUUGGAUAAGAAUAUGUCGACCAGGCUCUAUUAUAGGACCCCAGCAACACUUCUUGGAAGAGAAGCAAGCAAUGUUAUGGCUGGAGGGAGAUCUCAUCCGAUCAAAGCAGAAACAACGAGUAGCUGAUGGAAACAUUAACAGAGUUCUUUGUGGCUUGAAUGACAUUUCAAUCAGUGACAGCUUGAAUAAAGUACAAGACUUGGAUCAAUACAGGGAGAAUGAUUUUGAAGACAAAGCAGGUGUGGAAACUCAGAAUGGCAUGACACAAGGAGAUAAGCUUAAUGCCUUAAAAAGUCGGAGACGGACAUGUUCUGCUACAACUGGAGCUCUGAGGCUGCAAGACAUGAAACUGCACACCAGGUCAAUAUCACAACCUUUCAGACUGAAUACUUCAGGUAGCACAGAAGGAUCCAUGUCUCCUCUGAAGACCUCCAAAGUGAUGGCAGUUAAUUCACCGUCUGCAGAAAGAAUAAGCAGAAUUUCCACAUCCUCAGGCUCUAACCUUAAAAGUGUUUCCAUAAACUCCAGACUAGCCAGUUCUCUAGGGAACCUGUAUGCUGCUUCAGAUGAUGAUGAGAGCAAAAUGACAUCAUCGUCCUCUAGGACAGGUUUUUGUGUAAGCCAAAUCUCCAGCCACUUGAAUGGCAGCUUGCAGCUGCCUCACAGAAAUAACCAUGAACUGAACAACAACUUAUACAACAGAAACAGCAGUAGUGACAACAACAACAGCAGCCAAACCAGUUUUCACAGCGCCGUGACAGAUGAGUACGCAUCAACCUUCCUUUAUGGGCCUUACAACUCCUCCAGCACGAUACCAGAGUCAAUCAAUUCCUUCCCUUCAGAAUGAGUAUGUUCAGUACUAAAGCCUUGCUGCUUUGGUGAAACCUGCUGAGCUCUUAAAAUCGAAGACCUUCAUGAAGAAGACCUUGAGGAAGGAAGCUGCUCACUCAGAGGACGAAUCUUCAAUACAAGACAUAUUAAAACCUUAACACCAAGAGGA